GGGGAGUCAGAGAGAGCAAUGGGAAAGUUUCAAUAAGAAUUAGACAUUAAUAUAAAAUAAAAAUAAAAGUUUAACUUAUUCUCAAAACACUUUAAAACGUUUAGAGUGAAAUAUGUGAUAAUACAUCAAAGCUGAUGUUUGACACGUGUAAGGCUGCCCCCAAGUGGCCUAAAAAUGAACAGUGCUACUACAAAAAACUAAAUAUGAGCAGCAAGAGAAGAACCUCCGGCAAAGACAGAAAAAGAGUGUGAGUGUGAGUGUGUGUGUGUGUGUGUGUGUGUGUGUGUGUGUGUGUGUGUGUGUGGUGUUGAUAAUCCUGAUGAACAUGAUUUCCUCCUUCAGUCUGCAGAGUCAGACCGUUCCUCCUCUCCCGUCUUUAUCUCUUUAUUUUUAGUCCCUACAUUUUAUUUUUACUGAUUCAAAUUAACUUGGUGAAGUUUUUCUUCUCUUCUCAGGAUGGAGCAGAUGUCAGGGAUGGCGCUGAUGAAAGAAAACUCUGCUGCAGCAACAUGCGACAAAUCGCCAGUGUUCGACUGGUGUCCACAGCAGCAGUACCUUUAUCUGACCAGCGGGGGGCGAAACAACACGACCAACACUCAGACCACUGCUGCUUCAUCAGUCCAUCCUCUUAUUCCUCUCCUGCUCUACAGCGACAGACAUUUCCCUCCAUCCUCCCCGUACAAUCAGCCAAUCGGUUCAUCCGGUCCCCGAGAGGCGGACGCCCAUUCCAGGACACACGCCUGCUACCACAGCAAUGGAACUACUGGGCACCAGGCGGUGAAGAAGCCUCUGAACGCCUUCAUGCUCUACAUGAAGGAGAUGAGACACAAAGUGCUGCAGGAGGGACGAGAGAGAGAGAGCGCCGCCAUCAACCGCAUCUUGGGACGCAGGUGGAACGCUCUGUCUCGCUCCGAACAGUCCAAAUAUUACGAUCUGGCCCAGAAGGAGCGACUCCUCCACAUGCAGCUCUAUCCCGGAUGGUCGGCCAGAGACAACUACGGUCAGAGGAAGAGGAAGCAGAGUCAGCAGCACUCAGGAAGCUUCUCAGGGUGGGAAUACAAUUCAAAUAAAGUAAAAUUUGACAAUGUAAAUGAAUCAAGACAGGAAAUAGAAUGCGAAAUAAAAAAUACUUUGAAAUAAAUCAAAUUAAAUAAACACUCUCACCUUUUUACAAAGUGUUUGUGAGAAAUAGUGAAUAUUAAAGAGUUCACAAUAUAUUUUACACAAACACACGUAUUGAUGCGUUUCUGGGCCAAUCUGACCUCUGACCUGUUUUGUUGUUUUUACUGCAGCUGGACUCUGACAUCUGGCCGAGUGGACAUGUGACUUGAAACAAACUUGCACUAGUUAUCGUAGUCUGAGAGAGAAAUAAAACAACCGUCAGUGUUUCUGCAGAAUUCAGCGAAUUUAAGACUUUGUCAGACGUCAGGUAAAAGAUGGACGAACCAUCAGACCAAUAAUUAUACAUCAAGUUCAUUGAUUUAUUCACAUUUAUAUCCCGUCUCCUACAGUAUUUCUGAGCUUUACAGUAUCAAUGUGAUUAAAGGAAAAUAUGACGCAUUUUUUAUUUUAAAUGGAAAAAUAAUGACAUUUUCGUGUUUUUGCUUUAAUUAAAUAUUAAUUU